GCCAGUGCGUGCUCGUCCUCGCGCGCAGGUGCACCGCUGGCACAGAUCUCGAAGCGCGCUCCAGAAACUGCCAGAGCUGCCAACUACUAUCUCGUCUGGUCAGCGUCCUGAAGCGACUGCUUUAUACUCACUUUCAUCCUAUAAAACGUGUUGCUGUGAUAACAUACCAGAGGACUCCUUUCUGCAGAUGAUUCAAGCUGAAGCAUGAUGAAAACUCCUCCCUCUGUUACCCUUCGGGUCAAACGCAAAAAUGUUCGCCCAAUCAGAAGAAGCCUCAGCAGACACCGUGGUCAAAACACCCGGGGUGUGGUGUGGAGUAUCCAGUCAAACCAGGGUGACCUGUAUUUUACCAAAGUGCCUCAGUCAACUGUUGUCCAGCGGCAGGAAAUGGCAGCAUAUUUCCGUCUUUUUGAGGAUGACCUGAUAAAAGACUUUCUAAGGGUGGAUGGUUGCUAUAAAUUGACAGACAAGUACCUCCUAGCCAUGACCUUUGUGUACUUCAAAAGGGCCUGCUUCACUAUUACUGAAUACACCAGAAAGAAUUUUUUCAUUGCACUGUAUCUUGCCAACACCAUGGAGGAGGAUGAGGAGGAGAGCAAGUAUGAAAUUUUUCCGUGGGCACUGGGCAAGAACUGGAAAAAACUGUUUCCCCGCUUCCUUGAGCAGCGAGACAAGCUGUGGGCUCGCAUAGAGUACAGAGCUGCUGUCAGCAGGCGCUGCUGUGAAGAGGUGAUGGCCAUUGUGUCCUCUCAUUUCGUGUGGCAGCGGCAGCGUUCCGAUCACCAUGGCGGUGCCCAGCGGCAGUAUAAUGAUGGCGACCGUGUCCGUUUUCCCCGUGGGCCCUAUGCCUCACCUGUGUCCUGUUCCCUAUGUAAGCGUGACACCAGAAUAGGCCACACCUCCUCCCUCCAGAGGCUCAGCUGUGCAAAUCCCAAAGGAGGGAAUGACUCUUCCUGCAAGUCGACAUUGAACACCUUCAUGGACUGGAUUAAUGAGUAGAGCAUCAGCGACUUCCUGUUUAAAUCAACCAAGCAGUUAAUGCUUCCUUUACUGGAUUUAAUAGCACUUUACUCUGAAGUAAAAGUCUGAAUCCCCAGUUUGUCAGUCGCCUCAAAAGUUAACAAGGUACUCACAAGAUAUUUGAAGUACAAGUGACAACGAUGAGCUUAUGUCAUUUAAAACAAGCAAGUUGGCUGUUUGUGGGCACAAAACCCCAAAAGAUUGUUAGUGUGAAACCUAGAUUUGCUUAAAAUGUUGUUGGUAUUUAUUUAUUUAUUUAACUUAUUUGUGGACUCUGUCACAUACUAUUUUUCACAGAUGUAAAUGAGUUAAGCACUGGAUGCUGUCAGUUACACAGAAGGGUUUGUUUGUAGUUUGUAGUUU